CCCUCCUUCCUCAUGAAGUCACACAUUCCCCCGCCCUUUUCAUUAAUAUAUGUGUGACUCCAACCCCCGUGAUUAUAGAACCGUGUUCUCAACUCAGGCGCGGAGACAGAUUUUUGAACCAGCCUCCUGUCCCCUCGCUUGGCCGCAUUGCAACAAAGCUUUUUCUCUGCAAAAGCCUGGUGCUACGGUGUCUGGCUUUCCGUUGCACGCCAGCAAAUAAGCUCUUUCCGGCUCAGUAACAAAUUUGGCGACGGCAAAGGGGCUCUAAAUCCAACUGGACACCGUUGCCGGGGGCUCUUUUGCCCCGUGUGGGGUACUGGGUUCCGAACUCUCUCUGCACGGGCGGAAUCAACCUUCGGUGCUUUCUUUGGGGCAGAGAAACUUGUUUGGGGUUCGGAAGACAUCCUUUGGUUGGAUUUAUUUUGCAAAAAGGAAGAAAAACGGCUGGAGAUCGAAUAUGUACAAGCGUUUAUGUUAUUAUACCAGCGUAAGGAUAUUCAGAGAAAAUGUAAUAUUUCGGCGCAAGGGGAGAGUCCCCAGAAUGAGGCCAUUUCACCCGGGUCUGAUGAUAAGACAGAGGAUUCCUUGUCCACCCGGUUAAACACCGCUACUCCCCCUCCGUCUCCACUGGGAGGUGCCAGGGCCGCCGUCCCGCCACGGUCGGCACCUCGGGCCCCCACUCCGUCCACUUCCCCUCCGGAUCCCGCAGGCCGGCUAGUGGUCUCUCCCUCUCAGACCUGCCAGGUGACCCCGCGGGACGAGGGGGGCACCCAGCCUCAGGCAGGGAGAUUCCCCGGCAUACAGUGGCCGAUCGGCGGAGUUUACGGGACCCGGCAGCUGCCCGGUGUCAUCUUUGUCCGCCCCCCGUUAUCCACCUCCGACCUGCUUAGUUGGAAAGUCCACAUGCCGACGUACCGAGAUGACCCCAUUAAAAUGGAGAGUCUUUUUGCCUCUAUUUUUGCUCUCCAUCAUCCCACUUGGGCAGAUAUUCAAAUCCUCCUAAAUGUCUUCCUCACGUCCGAGGAACGCAGCGUGGUCCUAAAACAGGCUCGCGCCGAAGCUGAGAAGAUGCGCGAGCAGGUCCCUAACAGCCCGGUGCGCGCGCUCGCAGACGUGGCCGUACCCGCCGCCGACCCGAGGUGGAGCCCUGCUGACCGCGGGGACAGGGACCAGCUGGAGCAUUACCGCCGCUGCAUCCUUCGGGGCCUGAGGAACGGAGUCCCGAAACACAGAAGCUUCGAUAAAGUUCUGCAGGUCAGACAGAGGCCUGACGAGGACCCCUUUGACUACUUGGAACGGUUGUUUAAGGCCUAUCGGCAGGGCGCGAACAUAGACCCGCAGGCUCCAGAGCACCUACCCUUGGUGAACGCCAGCUUCGUGAGGCAAGCUGCCCCUGACAUUCAAAGGAAAUUGCAAAGGCUGCGCGGGGCUUUAGGAAUGCCCACCCUGCACCUGGCGGAGCUUGCUUCCGAGGUUUUCCGAAACCGAGACAAGGUCCGGGAGAAGGAGGCGCGGCGCAGGAUGCGGCAGCAGGCAGCCUUGCUGGCCGACGCGGUGAGGCAGGCGCGGCCCGCACCUCACCAGGCUCCGCCCCAGCCCGGGGCCCAUCCCCAGGGAAGACACCCGAGGCCCUCAAACUCCAGAUCCAGAGGCCACCCCAAUGUAGGGCCACACCAAUGUGCCUAUUGUAAACGACAGGGACACUGGAAAAAGGAGUGCCCCUCUCUGAAUAAGUAAUGUGAAGGUGACUCGGCCAAACUUCCAGAUGCCCCACGCCUCUUCCCUCCCCCAUCAUGCCCGCAAGAACUAUCCAGAAUUAGGGGGCCCAGGGACUCCUAACAGCCCUACGGCCUUCAUUGAAAUUUCCCACGUGGAACCCUGGGUCAUCUUAUUGGUGAAAAAGACCCUGAACAGGGACGCCUGGGUGGCUUAGUGGUUGAAUGCCUUCGGCUCAGGGCAUGAUCCUGAGAUCCAGGAUAGUGUCCCACUUUGGGUUCCUUGUAGGAAGCCUGCUUCUCCCUCUGCCUGUGUCUCUGCCUCUCUCUCUCUCUCUCUCUGUCUCUCUGUCUCUCAUUAAUAAAUUUUUAAAAAUCUUAAAAAUUUAAUCAAUUAAAAAAAAAGACACUGAACAGAUUUCUUGGUAGACACUGGUGCUACCUACUAAGUACUGAAUACCAGGAGCGCCUGGAUAGCUCAGUUGGUUACUGUCUGCCUUCCGCUGAGGUCAUGAUCUCAAGGUUCAGGGGUUUCCCCCUCUUUUGUGGAUCUUUCUGCCCCAGCGGGGAGUCUACUUCUCCCUCUCCCUCUGCCCCUUCCCCCUCCCCUUCCGCGUGUGCUUGCGCUCUCUCUCAAAUAAAUAAAAUCCUAAGUACUGAA